CAUCCUCCUGGCAUCAUGGCUUUGUUAACUGAUGCUGAUAAGAAGAAUAUCCAACACAUCUGGGCAAAGUUAUUUGAGAAUCCAGAAGAGAAUGGCAAAACAAUUGUGAUCAGACUCUUCACAGAUUAUCCUGAGACAAAAGCAUACUUCAAGACCAUCCCUACUGAAGGCAACCUGCAGGAGGAUCCGCUGGUGCGUUUCCAUGGCCGGAGAGUCAUGGUUGCCCUCAACCAGGUGGCUGAAAACCUGGACAAUUGGAAGCAGGCCUGCAGAAUUCUGGACCGUCUAGCAGACAAGCACAAGAAUGUGCACCAAGUGCCAUCAGUGAAUUUCCAGAACAUGUUUCAGGUGAUCCUGAAUGUCUGCAAAGAACUCCUGGGAAAUGAAUUCAGCACCGAAGUGUCCCUCUCCUGGGAGAAGCUCUUCAGUCUGCUCUCUGAACAAAUAAAUGCAUCUUACAUGAGCACUUCUAAGUCCUGAAGUGGCCACAGUCACUCUAUAGCUAUUGAAGAGAGGAGACUGGUUCUGUUCAUGUUGUUAUAUAUAUGUUCAGGAGAGGUACUGUUCAUGUUAUUUAUAUAUAUAUAGUUCUAGAUCUGAUGGAAUAA